AUAGAAUUUUGCUUCAUGUUUUGCAAUUUGUAUCAGAAUUUUUAUGUUAUAAAAAAUCAAUAUCAUUUUAAAGAUUAUAUUAUUUAAGAAUUAUUUUUAAAAGUUUUGUUCUUGACAGACGACUGUACCGGGAGCACAGAGGAACACCUGAUACCUACAUAUUGUGAUGCAGAUGAUUUGGUUGUCGCACCUGAUACGUAUGAAAAAUGUGCCAUUAUCCCAGUUGUACACUCAGACCUUCAAAUCAAAAAUCUGCCACCUGAUCCUUUAAAAAAGACUGUUAUGCAGAAUGCAAACCACAGGAGUGGUGCUGGAUCCCAAAGAGCUCAGAAAGGGAAGAAGUCUUAUUCAUGUUCAGAAUGUGGCAAAUGUUUUGCUCGGAAAUCACAUCUUGAUAUCCAUCAAAGACAUCACACAGGGAAGAAGCAGUAUUCAUGUUCAGAAUGUGGCAAAUGUUUUACUGAGAAAAAAAAACUUGCGAGGCAUCAGAAAAUUCACACAGGGAAGAAGCAGUUUUCAUGUUCAGAAUGUGGCAAAUGUUUUAGUGAGAAAUCAAAUCUUGGGAGGCAUCAGAUAGUUCACACAGGUGAGAAGCCGUAUUCAUGUUCAGAAUGUGGGAAAUGUUUUACUCAUAAAUGCAAUCUUGAUAUCCAUCAAAGACAUCACACAGGGGAGAAGCCAUAUUCAUGUUCAGAAUGUGGCAAAUGUUUUUCUCGGAACUCAAGUCUUGAUAUCCAUCAAUUAUAUCACACAGGGGAGAAACCGUAUUCAUGUUCAGAAUGUGGCAAAUGUUUUAUUCUAAAAUCACAUCUUGAUAUCCACCAAAGACAUCACACAGGGGUGAAGCCAUAUUCAUGUUCAGAAUGUGGUAAACGUUUUGCUAAUAAAUCAAUUCUUCAUAACCAUCAGAGAAUUCACACAGGGGAGAAAUCAUUUUCAUGUCCAGAAUGUGGAAAAUGUUUUGCUAGGAAAAAUCAUCUUGCCGCGCAUUCAAAAAUUCACACAGAGGAGAGGUCAUUUUCCUGCCCAGAAUGUGGAAAAUGGUAUGCUCGGAAAGCAAAUCUUGUUAAUCAUCUGAAAUCUCACACAGAGGAGAAGUGAUAUUAAUGCCCAGAACGUGUUUUACUAAAGAAUGUAAAUUUGAGAAUCAUUAGGGAAGUCACACAGGGGUGCAGCCAUGUUUAUGUUCAGAAUGUGGAAACUGUUUUAUUCAGAAAUAAGCCCUUGUUCAAUAUCAGAGAAUUCAUACAGGGGAGAAGAAGUUCUAACCCCUUCCCAACAUCCUCCAUACAUGUAUGGCGGAUGUUGGGAAUAUAAAGAUGGUGCCCACUCAAGAAUUAAGUAAGUGCCAUAGGCGAAGCAUGCGUGCGGUUUCACACAGCAGCGUCCAUGAUUGGAGAUAGCUCUGAUCGCUGACAUUCCAUCAGAUGCUUUAGCCAACUGCAACCACAGCAUCUGAGCAGUCAUUUACUGGGAGCGAGCGAGGUGUUACAGCUUGAAGAGCAUAUCAAUUAGAACCAUAGAUAACUUCAUAAAACCAAAUAUAACAAUAGCCAUAUGAUGUAUAGUGAAUAAAAGAUAUAACAGAGAAUGGAUUGUAGUUCAAGGCCUUUACCAUAGCUACCAUAAACAAACCAUUAGAGAGAUUGCUUACAUGAUAAUGGAGUAUUUUCUGUUCUUACCUAUAUUAAUAAGCCAUUUGCACACUGGUGUUUGAUUACCCGACAACAACAGCCCUUAGUUUCCCUGCUAUGAUAACAUACGAUGUGUGGAGCCCCCCUCUCAUUUUCGUUACACAGAUGUAUCCUCAUGAUAGUGAUAGAGAUGUGAAUAUAAUUUUUGUAAACCUAGAUGAUUUUCUUAUGUAUUUACUUUAAGCUGCUUCUUUCUUAUCUUAAGUGCUUCCCCCUUUGCUAGCCAAGCUGUAUGUGUAUACAACUCUGGAGAGAGAAGAGGGGGGGGGGGGUGAUGCGGCGAGCAUCGAAGGCCCCCUGGUCUCACAUAUGUAUAGACUGUAGAAGAAAGCAUGAGCCAAUGACUUAGUUAUAUAAUAUACAUGUAUACUCACUGCCUAUAAAAAAGCACCUCCUUGAAGUGUCACAUAUGACAUAUGCAGUAUUGAUAUUAGUAAGAGGCCAUUACAAGAUGGCGGCUGACACCCAGAUGUUCACAUUAGUUCACAUACCAAGGUUUGUAAGACAGUGCACACUGCGCAGAAGCCAAGUGUUAUCUUAUCUUCUUAGCUAAUGAAAUAAUGGCAUGAGCCU